AUACGUGUAUACUGAGAAUUGAGUGGCGAAAAUUCCGAUUUAGAAGUCAUUUCGCGCCUUUUGCCAGGGUCAUUUCGCCGAUCGUACCGCGCAUGCGCGGCACCGAUAUGUUUCCGCGAUGCAUCACGCGCCAAUUUCACGCACGGCGCAGAAUGAAUCACGAAUCAGGUAGUAUGUAUAAUAUAUGCUCCGUGGAUCAGGUUAGUACAAUAUAUGUGCUCGGAGCAAGCAGAGCGGACCGGAACCCGGAACCCACAGUAGUAGUGUCCGCUCCGACGAGGGACGUUGAUCGAUCCUUUCGUUGUGCCGUUUAAUACGCGUUGUACGACGCGCGUUUUUCAUGAUGUAGCGUUAGAGCCUUCGGGUUGGCCGAGAGACUCGAGCAGAUCGCUGAUAAUCCGAACGAGAGAAUAUUUUCCCCCUCGUUCCCAUUCGGUCCUUGACGUCGCCGCGCGUGUGUAUACGGAAACAUACGUUCCGAGACGACGGACGAGAGAACGUGGAGCCCCCGCGGGGCCAGGUAUCAAAGCGCGAAUCGCAACACAGCGUCAAGAUGGCGUGUGCCACGAGCACAGCUGUUGUUUACCCACAAACCCGUGUGGGGCAGGUCACUGGCUGUUGCCGCUACUGCUGAGAGAGAGGACGAGCGCGUGAACGACGACUGGCUCCCCCGUCGUCGGGACUGGUCGGGUCGGGACGAUGGGAGUUGCUCGACGAAUGAGCGACUCGGAGUAACGGAGCAUUCUCGAGAGAGCGGCGUGACAGCGACGUGACGAGGACGUGACAACGACGACGACGACGACGACGACAACAACAACAACAACAACAACAACAACAACGACGACGACGAGGACGGCGUCGGUGGUGGUGGCGGCGGUAGUGAUAGUAGUAGUGGUGUACCGAGGAAAAAACGGAAAGAUUGACUCGAUGGAAGAGGGUAGCGAGGCCUGCGACGGCAGAAGUCACGAAGUCAGCUGGCACGAAUCGAGCGCGAGAAACUAACCUAGUUGCGCCAGAUCCGCCAUCGCUCGGCACGAGGACGGCGAGGACGGCGAGGCGGAGUGAUCGAGAGUGGAAGCGUCGAUAUCGAAGGAGAAAGCGGCGAAGUUAGUUUACGUUUUAGUUGACGCGACAAGUGCGCGUCUCAUGCACGAAUCCUUUACUUUUCUCGAUGACCUGAUGCCUCGAUGCGUUACGUAAAAAGCGCGAAUGCACGAUUGACCGCAAGAUUGACGAUGUCCACAUUCCUGGUUUCGUUUGUCUUUCGAUAACAACACUGCAUAUGACGUCCACGUGUUAACGCAUCGUGUCUGCAUGAUUCUUGGUAUCAUCAUGAACGCCAGGACGCAGCUGUUUGAAUUGAGUAUGGAGGGACGCCAAGUGGAUGAGGCAGUGGCAAGUAUAUUUCAUACCGUGCUCUUUCAUCGAAGUCUCGGCAAAUUCAAGUACAAACAGGAAGGCAGCUAUUCGGUGGGCACCGUGGGAUACCAGGAUGUGGAUUGCGACUUCAUUGAUCUCACUUACGUCUGCUGCUCGUCGGUGUAUCUCGAUCAGACGCUGAAACGCGAGAUAUCGGGCUUUUCGGAGGCUCUUCGCUCCACCGACAGUCCGGGCUCAGGUCAGAUAUCUCUAGAAUUCUUCCAGAGGAAAAAGAGCCGCUGGCCAUUUCAACCAGAAUGCAUACCGUGGGAGGUAUGGACCGUACGUCUCGAACUCAUCAAAUUGGCCACCGAACACGAACGGCAGAUAUGCCGGGAAAAGGUGGGCGACCUGCUGACCGAGAAGAUCCUUUACAUCACCGAGGUUAUGAAUCGACACGAUUAUGUUCCGAAAGUGCCGAGUCAAGCUGAACUGGAUUUGAUCUUCGACACUUCGUAUCCAGACAUACAGCCGUACCUCUUCAAAAUGUCCUUCACGACCUCUAGUCCAUCGACCACCACGAUGGGCAAUACUAUGAAAAAGUUGAUCAGAGAGACACUGUCCAUUUAGUUGUUAUAAGGUAUAGUUCUAAAGUUCUAACAUUAAUAUGUUGGCGUGUAUAGCUUAGAGUCAUCUGAAAAACGCAAAACUUGCUCUUAUUUUUCAUCUAUGAUACACAAGUUUCUGUUUACUGCAUUGCACCACGCAAUUUCAUUUCAGAUCUGUUCAUAAUGACUCUAAUCUACCUUAGCUAUUAUUAUGAGUUCCUAAAAAAGAAAAAAAAAAUUCUAAAUUUAUGCUACGAAGAAUGGUCCGAAUAGAGAAACUACCAAAAGUACUCGGCGUGCUUUGCCUACGUGGUAGACUCUUACCAUGGAUUUUGUAAGCUCUAGUAUCUCUUAUAAAAAAACGGAAAUAUAAUACAUUACAGAAUUUCAUACAUCAUAGGGACUUCCGCUGCUGUGUGUCUCUAAUGUCUAUAUAGUACAAAUGAACACAACACUCUUGUGACACUUGCUUUUUUUGUACUUUACUAUGAACGUCCGUCGCAUAAUUUUAGCAGGAUCAUGUUAAUCACGUUUUACACGAUAAUACUUCGCAUUACCUCUUAAAAUCUCUUACCACUCAAGUCUCUCUCGACAUAUGACUUUUAUCAAGACAAAA